GGGACUAAAAUAACUGAGAAGCUCUGGUAAUAAUUACUUUACCCACCUCCUCAUGUAAUCCCGUCCGAACAGGGUUUAAGAUUAUUUUCUCAGUGCUGUCUGAUUUGCAAAAGAAUCGUUCUUUUGGACAAUUCAAUGAUUCAUUUAGCUAAAUACUUAAUUCAAAUAUCCAGUGAUUCAUUAUUUUUAACCAGUUGAUUGAAAUGAACUGUCUGAACGAGCUUAUUUGUUUAAAACAACAGGACAUAGUCGCCGAGCUAUUAAGCGUUUUUUUUCUUCUUGGAUUUAAUGCACUUAUACUGUAGUAAUCAGGAAUAGUUUAGGAAAUCUCUCGAUAUGUGGUUUGGUGAGAUGCAUUUUUUAUCUUUACCUGUGGCAGCCCAACAAGUAAAAUAGGUUAAAUUAGUAACUUUAUUAGUAGGUUGUCAAGUAAAAUGGGUUAAAUUAGUAACUUUAUUAGGUCUAAAACAUAUUAAACAUUCCAGGUCUAAAACAUGACGUCUUUCAGUAUUUUGGACGCUUGAAGUUAGACGCCUCAAAUGCAAAUACAUGCAAAUUGCUGCAAUUUAAUUGUCUGCAGCCGCUAAAGAUUCGUUCAGGUCGAAGUGUCCAUAUGCUGUGGAUUUAACCGCUGAACCUCCUAUAUCUGUUUUCAUUUGAUGACUUUGUUUCGACGAUUAAGCAGCUAAAGCAAACAUUGAAUGCUGUAAAGUCAUGGCUUCCAUCAGCGGUUUUUCUGAAAAAAGCUUUACAUGUUCCAUAUGUCUGGACGUGUUCACUGACCCUGUAACUACUUCCUGUGGACACAACUUCUGUAUGACCUGCAUCAGACGCCACAGAGACAGCAGUCUAUGCUCAAGGUGCCCACUGUGUGGGAUAGCAUUGGACUCAAAACAAGAUUUUAACAUAAACAGAACGAUUAGAGACAUCGCAGAGGGCAUCAAAAGAAAAAGGAUCCAAGAGAAUCCUGAAGUGUCCUGUGAUAGUUGCCCAAAGAAGAAAAUUGCUGUCAAGUCAUGCUUAAACUGUGGAACUUCUUUCUGCAAGACUCACUUGGAGCCCCAUGAAACUGCAGAAAAGCUCAAGAAACACAAACUAAUUAACCCUGUGAAGAAUCUUGAUGAAUACAUUUGCAAGAAUCAUGAAAGACCUCUGGAACUUUACUGUAGAGAUGAUCAGACAGCCAUCUGUCAAUUCUGCACCGAGAGUGACCACAAGAAUCAUAACACAGCCCCCCUGGAGGAGGAGAGUUUGAAAUUGCUGAUGAAUCAAAAGAUAGCAGUGCAGCAGAAAAUUCAGGACAAGAUGCGGAAAAUUAAAGAAAUUAGACAUUCUACAAGGUUUAACAAACAAGCUAAAGAGAAGGAGAUUGAAGAGAACAUCAAGUUUUUCAAGGACAUCUUCGAGAGAAGCAAUGCGGAGGUACUAGAUCUCACAGAGAAAAAGCAUAAAGAUACAGAAAGACGAGGCGAGGAGCUCAUCAGAGGGCUAGAUGAAGAGAUCAAGGAGCUAAAGAGAAGACAAACUGAACUGGAGCAGCUCUCAAAUCCUGUUGAUUUCACACAAAUUAUUAACCUCCUGUGCAGCCCCAUAUGUACUAAGCACUCAAAAAACAUCUGCAUCAGUGCACAUGAACAUGGGGGUAUUCUGAGGAAGACAAUAUCAUGGCUUCAGAGUGUCUUGGAUGAGAAAAUGAGAGAAACUGUUGGCAGAGAGCUGCGGAGUAUACAACGUUAUGCAGUGGAUGUGACACUUGACCCUGACACAGCUUAUCCUGAACUCAUGUUGUCUGACAAUGGAAAAGAGGUCAGAAAUACAGGCAAAUCACAGCAGAUUCCUGACACCCCAAAAAGGUUUGACCAUUGCUCGUGUGUCUUAGGAAAGGAAGGCUUCUCCUCACAGAAGUUUUACUAUGAGGUUCAAGUCAGCGGGAAGACAGAGUGGGAUUUAGGUGUGGCAAAAGAAUCCAUUGACAGAAAAGGGGAAAUUGGGCUCAACCCUGAAAAUGGAUAUUGGACUGUAUGGCUGAGGAACAGGGAUGAGUAUGCAGCGAACGAUCGACUCCCUGUCCCUCUCACCUUGAAAGAGAAGCCAGUGAAAGUGGGAGUUUUUGUGGAUUUUGACGAGGGUCUGAUCUCUUUUUAUGAUGUUGAAGCCAGGUAUCAUAUUUAUUCUUUCACUGGACAGUCUUUUCCUGAAAAGCUCUAUCCAUAUUUCAGUCCUGGAGAAUACGAGGAAGGGCAGAACUCGCAUCCUCUGAUCAUUACACCUGUUAACUCAACUGAAUAAAUCAACUUUCAAAGGCAAUAAUAAAAUGAAUUGUUAUAAAUCUUUGUAUAUAAGCCUCUGUAUGUAACUCCUUCAGUCUAAAUGAUGUUCAAUGCAAAUAUGACCAUUCUUUAUUUCUACUCUAAAUGCAAUCAUGAAUGAUCAUGAAUCAAAAGAAUCAAGUCAUGCUUCUUUUUUCAAUAUUUAU